AGGCCUCUUGGGUUUUUGGCGGCUACUCUUUUCUUCAAGGCCCACGCCAUUUAUAUCUACUUUCCUUUCUAGGGUUUUUCUUUCUCCUCCUCCAUUUGCUCGGGUCUUACUUUCUCUCACUAAAUCUACACCGCUGCCCCGUGACCAUGGCCACAGUUGAAAAAGUUGCAGAUUCACUAGAGAGUUUGUCUAUGAAUUCGCAACCCAAGACCAAGAAAGUUACCGAGCCUGUCAAGAAGGAUUUCGAAAGCGAUAAUGGCUCUUACAUGUACCCGCAAACUUAUGGUUAUGUGCCACACGGGGCGUACUCCAUGCCCAGUUCACCUCUUCCUCCUAUGGGACUUGAUGGUCAUCUACAUGCAUUGCAGGAAUACUAUUAUCCAAGUGCUUAUUACCAAGCACCUCUGCAAACUAGUCGCACCAAAUCUUCUCAAAGGGACAUAUCAACUUCAGGUGUAUCUGAUCAAGCUUCCUUAUCCAAUAAAACAAAUACAGGAAAUUUGAGCGCUAUAGCAAGUGGUGGGGUUUUGAGUGGCAAUAAUGGAUCAGAGUCACUAAAAUCAACUUCCAAGGGCUCCUCUCUAAAUCCCAAUGCUUCCUAUAAUAGAGUAGGGCAUCGGGAUUCAACAUUUAGCUAUGAUGGGGUCCAGCCUACUCCUUGGUUAGAUAUGUCAAUAUCUUCUAAUGGGAAAUCGAAAUAUACGAAUUUCCACAAUGAACGACCGUCAUCAGGUGCAGCCCAAGCAUUUGGAUACCUGAACCACGUGUACCCUAACAACAUGGCCGACUGCCACUACGGAGAUACCAUUAGAAGGGGUUCUGGUUUUGGAUCAUAUGGCUACUAUACCUGGAAGAGAGGACAAGGGUGCUAUAAUGUUGGUAACAACAACAAAUAUAAGGAUCAUGGUUAUGGAAAAGAGAAUAUGGAUGGUUUAAAUGAGCUGAACAAAGGACCUAGAGUAAAAGGGUGCAAGACCAAGGAUGGUACAAAACUAGCUGUUGAAGACCUAAACAUUCCACUGACUGAGAGCAAUAAGGAGAACAGUGUUUCUCUUGUGCCAGAUAUGGAGCAGUAUAAUAAGGAAGAUUUUCCUGAGAGUUAUUCAAAUGCAAAGUUUUUUGUCAUUAAAUCAUACAGUGAGGAUGAUGUCCACAAAAGCGUCAAAUACAAUGUGUGGGCCAGUACAUCUAACGGCAACAAGAAACUUGAUGCAGCAUUCCGCGAGGCCAAGGAGAAGUCUGAUGCCUGCCCUGUUUUUCUAUUGUUCUCAGUUAAUACCAGUGGACAAUUUGUUGGAUUAGCAGAGAUGGUUGGCCAAGUUGAUUUUAACAAGACUGUAGAAUAUUGGCAACAAGACAAGUGGACUGGUUGCUUCCCUGUGAAGUGGCACAUCAUUAAGGAUGUGCCAAACAUGGCACUGAGGCACAUAACACUUGAGAACAACGAGAGCAAGCCUGUCACUAAUAGUAGGGACACCCAGGAGGUUUAUUUUGAGCAGGGGGUUCAAAUUCUCAAAAUCUUUAAGGAUCAUUCCAGUAAGACGUGCAUUCUUGAUGAUUUUGAAUUUUAUGAGGCUCGUCAAAAGACAAUCCAAGAGAAAAAGGCUAAGCAUCAGCAGUUCCAAAAAAAAAUUUUGAGGGGGGAACCUAAUGAUUCUGUUGUGAUUGACAAGGAAAAUGUGACAAUAGAAAAUAACACUUUGGAAAAACCUGUAGGGGAAGCCUUGUUAAAAGAGCCAACCGUUGUAUCAACUGAGGUGUUAAAGGCUAAUGGAGAUGUGAAACCUAUGGAAGAGAAUGGAUCAGUUACAGCUAUUGAAGGUUGCCCCAAAUCGGUUUCUGUUGCAAGUGUGUGCUAAUUGACUUCAUCGAUUUGGAAGUAGUGUUGUACUUUUGGUUGGUUAUUGACAAGCUAGCUGCUUCUAAUCAGACAUGUUGAGUCUCUGAUUGGCUUCAACUGAUCUAUAGCUUAUUCCUGAGGAGGAAGAAUUGAGAGAUGCCUUUCGGCAUUUCCUUGUAGGCAAAAUAGCAAUUAGCAACAUGGUGAAACUGAAUGUGACUGCUGAAUAGCAUGAAGUUUUACUUUUUGUUUUUUCUUUCAUUUCUCAUCUGUUUUCCUUUUGUGUUUCUUAGUGAGAGAGAAUAGCAAUUAGUCUUGUUUGCAUUUGAUGACGGUGUGGGUUUUUGUUAACAUUUCUAGCAUAGGGAAGUGAAAGACUAGUAUUUGAGACUUGGUACUGUUGUUCACAAUCUAUAGUUUAUGGGGUGUAAUAAACUUAUCGUGUGAGAAA